UAUACAUAUAUUUGAAGCGAUUAAAAUCAAACGCUAAGUUAGAAAACCCUAUCUUUUUCCACGAUGUAUAGGACACGUGUCAAUAACCCAUCUAUAAAGACUACCAAACAUGAUUAGAUAUCAGCCACACAUUUUAAGACCAUACAAAACGAACAAUAUGUUCUUCGUCGUCACAACCUUUUCAUCUCAUCUCGAGUUUUCCUCCGUCACCCAACAUGACCAUAUCAAUGUUAUCCACUCCCCGUGAAGUCGACGAAGAAACCGGUCACGUGGCCGAACCGGAUCCGGUCGGACCCGAUGCCGUCAUGCCACGUGUCCUAACCGUAAUAUCCCAGGUGCUGGAGAGACUGGUGGCGCGAAACGACUGGUUGGCAGCGGCGGGCGGCGGCGGAGGAGGAGGGAAGAGGUUGGAGGCAUUUAAAGGGGUGAGAGCGCCGACAAUAAGUAUUCCAAAGUAUUUGGAGAGAAUCUACAAGUACACGAACUGUAGCCCUUCCUGUUUCGUGGUGGGUUAUGUCUACAUUGACCGGUUGGCUCAUAAGCAUCCUGGCUCGUUGGUUGUCUCCUUGAACGUUCAUAGACUCCUCGUCACUUGUGUCAUGGUUGCUUCCAAGAUGCUCGAUGACGUGCAUUAUAACAACGCGUUCUACGCAAGGGUAGGGGGAGUAAGCAAGGAGGAGAUGAACACAAUGGAGAUGGAGCUUCUCUUCCUCCUCGACUUUGGCCUCACUGUGAACUCCAGAGUAUUCGAGGGCUAUUGCUUCCACCUCGAGAGAGAGAUGUUCUUCCUAAACGACGCCGUUCCGCCAUUACUGCACACCUCCUCCUCUCCUUCUCUUUCUUCCCUACCUCCCUAAUACCACUCUCUAUGCCCACCCUUCAUUUUAAAUUAUCGUUGUUUUGAAUCUAUACGAAAUAUAUGAUUUUUCAAUCUCCUUUGUUUUUUUUUUUAAUUGUUCACGUAAUACAACAUGAUAUGUCGUGACCAAUUAAAAAAUAGAUGAAUAACAACAAAGGUCAAUAACUUGGAUGAUUA